AGUUUGAGCUUAGAAGAGGAACUGCAGUUGCUUACUUCCCUUGGAAGAGUCCACAUCGCGAAUGUUCUUUUUCCGUCGCCAGAAUGUCAAGCCCGCGCCACGCCCCUCGCGCGCCCCAUCCUUCGCGCUUCCCAAGCGGCGACCUCCUGUCCAGCUUACGCCUUCGCAUCAGCACGACCAGCUGCCCUUCUUGCGGAGAUCACGAUUCAGCGCACUUCCUCACUUCCGGGCCUAUGAGGAUGAGCCCGAAAACCUUUCGCUUUUCAUAGCCAUCCUGUACGUGGUGGAUUUGUUCGGCAUCUUUCCAUUUGUCACGCUGCCAGCAAUGCUGGUGAAACUGGGAUACUUCGGUGUGCUGCUGGUGCUGUCCAUAAUCUUCCUUCAGAUAUAUACCUCCUUCCUGCUGUCCCAGUGCUGGACAAUGGCUGAGCUGCUAGAUCCUUCUAUUCAGCAAAAACGCAACUAUCCAUAUGCUGCGCUGGCGGAGUUGGCUUACGGCCCCUACAUGAGUCUGCUGGUGUCAGUGCUCCUUGAUCUUAGUAUAUUCGCAAUGGCGGUGCCCAGUGUGGUGAUGGCCGCCGAGAACUUGGAAGGCGUAGUGCUGCGCAUGAGCGGUGGUCAAUACAAUUUCUCAUACUGCUACUGGGCUAUUAUAGUCGGUUUGGUCAUCUGCCCGCUCAUGUGGCUGGGCAGUCCUAAGCAUAUGCGGGGUCUGGCCAUCAUCGCUGUUUGUGUGAUGAUCGUUAUUGUGGCGCUGCUGUGGUACUGCCUCUUUGCAGCUCCAGCGAUUGCAACUCCAUUUGAGGGCAUCUCUAUGGAGUUGCCUGGUUUCCUUACCUUGCUGAACAGUUACAGCAUUUUGGCCUUCCAGUUUGACAUCCAUCCCGUCCUGUUGACACUUCAGAUCGACAUGAAGCACAAAUCGCAAGUGUCCUGGGCUGCCCUCAUCGGAAUAGCCAUUACUUGCAGUGUGGCUAUCUUUGGAUCUAUCAUAGCAGCCUACAAAUUCGGAUCAAUGAUAGCGAAUAAUCUGCUGCAGACCUUGCCCACCAGUGUUCCCUUCUAUGUCAUGCUGAUCCUGAUGGCCCUACAGCUUUGUUUCUCAGUCACAGUGGCCAGCUCAGCCAUGUUCAUGCAGAUCGAGAACUACUUCAAGCUGCCGGAAUCCCUCUCCUUCAAACGCAUGCUGAUCCGCUCCUCAGUGCUGGCAUUGGAAGUCCUUGUGGCGGAGUUUGUACCCAGUUUCGAUGCUCUGAUGGAUGUGGUGGGUGGAACCAUAACCGGACCGCUGGUCUUCAUUCUUCCGCCACUUUUGUAUCGACGCAUCCGGCGGAUGGAACGGGUGCAUCAGCGGAUUGCAGCAGAGGCCAGCUAUGGUAGCCUGCCAUUGGAUCUAAACUAUGACCCUGUUGACCUUGAGAUGGAACCCCUUCUAGUGACCACACCACCGAUUUCCCCCCGCGGCUGCUGGCUAAGAAUGGUGCGAUUUCUUCAUCGCCUAGAAUGCGACGUAUCCUGUACAAUGGCAGUGCUCCUCUUCGGCCUGCUGGCCACCUUCCUGUCCACCUAUCUGAAUAUAUUCAGCCUGCCCGAUCUGUUUACCAAUAACUCACCCUGCCUGAGCAAUCUUACUAAGCACUUUUGAGGUUCGACGUCUUGCCCCCCCGCGUCAAUAAAAAUUAAAACCUCUGCCAAGUUUGAUUACCGUCCUUCGGCGGGUUCAAAAACCCGAGUUGCGGCUUCAUCUUUAAUGCAAUGCUUAAAGGUGUUUUGUAUAACACAAACUACAAAUUUAAUAAAUCUAUUAUAUUACACCAAGACACGCACGUUCCCAGUGUUUUCGAGUGGCUGUUUAAUUAGUUAAGCUUUAUUAAAACAUCGCCAAAGCCAAACUAUUUGUCCGGGAAUUGCACACGCGCAUCAUUUAUCAUCUUUUUCGGUUGCCCAGUAAAUGUUUGCCUUUUUGUUUGCUAAAUUUAUUUAACCAUUCUGUACACACUUUGUAUUUGUUGUUGUUUGUUAUUAUGGUUAGUUUUUGUUUUUUUUUGGCCAACAAAUUUGAGACAAGAUGAGUUCGAGCUUCUCCAGGUGGAAAGUAAACAGGCUGAUAACACCUUUCGCAGCCCUCUUUUUUGUAUCUUCUGUAUCUUUUGUAUCUGUAUCUAUGUAUCUAUUUUGUUGGAAAUGCCGGGCAGCUUAGCUCAGGGUUUAAAUUUAAACACACGAAGCUCAAGAGAUUCUUGUGCGGAGAUGCUGCUUGGAGAUUCUUUGGCCGCUAAGCAAAUUUAAUUUAUUCUUCGGCAUCUGCUUGGUUUUGCUUCUUAUUUUUUUUACAUUUUUUUUUAUAAAGUUUGUAUUUGUAUUUGCGUAUUUCUAUAUAAUAUACGUAAUAUGAAGGUAUACAAUUUUUUCCCGGCAUUCAUUUCCGUCUUCCAUAAUACGUUUUUAAGCGCGUUCCAUGUUCCAUUCGGUCGGGAGAUGACUCAAGGCAUUGUGUUGAUAACCUCCCCGAGUCAUCUAGCCAUAGACAUCCAAUGCAAAAACCGCAACUACAACAACAACUCAAAUUAUUAUUUAUUUUUUUCCAUUCUCGGUGAGUGAUUAUUUAUUAAAAUUAAUACCCAAUUGUUUGAUAGGAACGGAACGGAACCCAAUCCGUUGUCGCGUCAUCACUUGCCGGCCACCUGCGGCUGGGAUGCUUUUAUUGGCUCGUUAUUCUCAGUUUUCCGUUGUCAGUUUUCAGUUGGCUCUUUGAUUUUAAUGGCCAGGGCCCAAAGGUACGCACUCAGCUAUUCGCCCUUUUAAUUGCGACGAACUUAGGGUUUACUACCUUUUGGGUUUGGGGUUUUUUUUUUUGGUCAUUUAGUUUUUAGCCCAAGUUGUUUAUGCCUUAGCCGCUAUUUUUUUUUUUUAUCUUUUGUUUGCCACAUUUCAAUAUGCAGAAGGUCUCGUUUGGCACGAACUCUGUGAUCCGCGGAUGAUUCACGCUGGAGGCUAAUACAAGUACUUGCCGUACCACUCGGACAUGGAUCCGUGGAGUUGCCAAGUGCAGCAUAAGUCGUGCUAAUUGAUUAUAUCGCUGGUCCAUUGACAAGCGUUUAGGUAGUUUAUCGAUUUAUUUAUUUUGUCUCCAUUAACAAAUUACACAAACAUGCAUAAUUAAUAGUUAUUAAAUGCUGUUGCUCACUCAGGCCACACAAAUAGAAUUUUUAAGAUUUUUUGAUGAUCGUUUUGGGUUUAUAAAUCUAUCUUCUAGAUAUUUAAAGAGCUGGUUAUGCCUAUUUAGGGUUUCAUGACAUUUUGAGAUGUGGUAAGAAUAGUUCUUAUAUUUUUAGAACCUUAAGAACCUUUUAAAGGGCCAACUUUUUGACAGUAAUUUCUCUUCUUACCAAGAGAUCUCCGGACAAGUCCCGUCUGAUUAAACAGCCAUUGAGUGGUCGACAGAGUGUCGCCUUUUUGUACUUGAGAAGGGGAGUUCGAAAUCGAAGAGCCGUUGCCAAUUUGGCUUGGGGCUCAAACGAUGGCUGUCAAAAACUGAUUAUACGGUGGCAAUUUUCAAGUGGCCGACACAAAGGCUUAACCCAGAAUUUAAUGAUAUUUAAAUUGCAAGUUCCUUUUGGCAAAUUAGAAAAAAACGAAAAUCCAAAACACACAUUGUCGAAAUUUUAGAGGGUAGAGCAGUACAAAUAACAAAAGACCGAGAGCUUUGGGCAUAAAAUUUCACUUUUCAUUUCCUAUUGACCCCGAUUCCCUGGACGCACUUCUUUCUAAUUUUUCUUCUGUUUUUUUUUUUUUUUAUUAUUUUUUUGUUGUUGGCCCCCACCAUUCAUCCCAUCCAAUUCCUCUGAAGUGCCCGCAGUUCUUCGAGGUUUUCGCUCCCUACUCGUCUCCUAAUCGAAUUUCG